AUGGCGAAUCUUCUUCCCGCAUUGGCCGUUGUGGCCCUGCUGGUCGGCGGCUACCUCUGGCUGUCUGCAAGUCAGAAGCCCCAGGGCAAGCUUCCACCGGGCCCCAAGCCGGCCGCACUGAUGGGCAAUGUUAAGGACAUGCCGCCCCCAGGCGAGCCUGAGUUUCUCUUCUGGCACAAGCACAAGGCUCUCUACGGCCCCGUCAGCUCCGUGACCGUCUUCGGCCAAAGCUUUGUCCUCAUCCACGGCCGAAAGGAGGCCCGCGAUCUGCUCGAGAAAACCUCGAUGAAAACCUCCGAUCGCCCCGCCGCGACCUUUGUGAGUGAAAUUUGUGGAUAUGAGAACAGCGUGGUCGGCCACAAGUACGACAAAACCUUCCGCCACUACCGCAAGCUGCUCCACCAGGAGCUGGGCACCAAGUCCAAGGCUGCUCGCUAUCAGAACAUCCAAGAGCUCGAGGCUCGACGGAUGCUCCUCCGAGUCCGUGAUGACUCUGCUAAGCUCCUCGAGCACUACAAGACAGCUGUGGGGGCAACUAUCCUGAAACUGGCUUACGGAUACACAAUUGAGCCACACAAGGCCGACCCAUUGGUCAGCCUCAACGAGCGAGUCAUGCAACAAUUCACCCUGGCUGUGACGCCCAUGACUUGGGCUGUGGAUCUCCUCCCUGCGCUUCGUUAUCUCCCGGAUGGCUUCCCCGGGGCUUCCUUCAAGGCAAAGGGAAAAGAGUGGAGCGAGUGCCUCCGCACAAUUGUCCAUACCCCUUUUCGAUUCGUCCAGAGUGAGAUGGCCUCGAACAAGAACUACCAGGAGUGUUACAUUUCCAAGCUGCUGCAGAACCCUGAUGGCGAUGAGAAGGGCGCCGGGCCUGUCACCCUGAGCCCUGAGGUUGAGCGUGAUAUCGUGUGGUCUGCAGGCAGUCUGUACGCCGCUGGAGUGGACACCCAAGCACUCACCCUGGCUGGCUUCACCCUGGCUAUGAUUAGGUUCCCUGAAGUUCAACGCAAGGCCCAGGAGGAGAUCGAUCGCGUCAUCGGAACGCACCGGCUGCCCUCAUUCGAGGAUCGUGAGAAGCUCCCUUAUGUCCAGGCCGUGUUCCUCGAAGCUCUGCGUUGGUGGGCCGUCCUGCCCCUUGGUAUUCCCCACGUGGCCACUGAAGCGUUUGAGUACGAGGGCAUGUUCAUCCCCAAGGGAUCCUUCCUCAUCGCCAACAUCUGGUCCCUCAUGCAUGACCCUGAGACUUACGCCGACCCGGAGGCCUUUGACCCUGAUCGCUUCCUUGAGCCUCGCAACGAGCCUGACCCUUCCCCCGAGGCCUUUGGCUACGGGCGCAGAAUCUGCCCCGGUAGACUCUUGGCAGAGUCCACUGUCUGGGUCAACAUCGCCAGUCUGUUGGCCACCUAUAACAUCUCACACGCUCUUGACAAGGACGGCAAGAAGAUCAGCGUGGACCACGUGAAGCCAUCUGCUGGCACGACCAACACACCUUCGGACUUCCAGUUCAAAAUCACCCCAAGAAGCGAGGUGCACCAGGAGCUGAUCAAGAGGUUCGAGGUUGAACACCCCUGGGAUGAGUCUUCUGCUAGCCGUAUCAAGAUGACAUCGAAAUAG